UUCCUUACGGCCCUGGGGGGCCUUGUGGCAGUGCCACUCAUCCUGGCCAAGGACCUGUGUCUGCAGCAUGACUCCCUGACCAAGAGCUACCUCAUCAGCACCAUGUUCUUUGUCUCUGGCGUCUGUACUCUCUUGCAAGUGCUUUUAGGAGUCAGGCUGCCUAUUCUCCAGGGAGGGUCAUUUGCUUAUGUGGCGCCCUCCCUGGCCAUGCUGUCCCUUCCUGCCUGGAAAUGCCCUGAGUGGACAGUCAAUGCCAGCCAGGUGAACACCAGCUCUCCUGAAUUCACCGAGGAAUGGCAGAAGAGGAUCCGAGAGUUGCAGGGCGCCAUCAUGGUCGCUUCUUGUGUCCAGAUUCUAGCCGGCUUCACAGGCCUCAUUGGCUUCCUCAUGCGCUUCAUUGGCCCCUUGACCGUUGCUCCGACCAUCUCCCUGGUGGCCCUGCCUCUCUUUCAUUCUGCUGGAAAUGACGCCGGGAUCCAAUGGGGGAUUGCCCUUGUGACCAUCAUCCUCAUCGUGCUCUUUUCUCAGUACCUGAAAAACGUUGCAGUGCCCAUACCCAUUUAUGGACGAGAGAAGAAGGGUCACACCUCUAAGUUAUACCUGUUUCAGGACUUCUGUGUGCUGCUGGCGCUCUGCAUCUCAUGGCUCCUCUGCUUCGUGCUCACAGUCACCAAUGCCCUCCCUGCGGCCCCCACAGCCUAUGGGUACCAGGCCCGCACCGACACCAAAGCCAACGUCCUCAGCCAGGCGCCUUGGUUUCGCUUUCCUUACCCAGGACAGUGGGGCCUGCCCACCAUCAGCCUGGCUGGGGUCUUUGGCAUCACGGCAGGGGUGAUCUCCUCGAUAGUGGAAUCAAUAGGUGAUUAUUAUGCCUGUGCCCGGCUGGUGGGGGCUCCACCCCCUCCGAAGCACGCCAUCAACCGUGGCAUCGGCAUUGAGGGACUUGCCUGCCUGCUGGCAGGGGCGUGGGGGACAGGAAACGGCACCACCUCCUUUAGCCAGAAUAUUGCGGCACUGAGUAUCACCAAGGUGGGGAGCAGAAUGGUGAUUGUCGCUGCAGGCUGUAUACUACUAGUGUUGGGAGUAUUUGGGAAGAUUGGGGCUGCAUUUGCCACUAUCCCACCACCUGUGAUUGGAGGCAUGUUCCUGGUGAUGUUCGGGGUCAUCGCUGCUGUGGGGAUUUCCAGUCUGCAGUACGUGGACAUGAACUCGUCCAGGAACAUUUUCAUCUUUGGCUUCUCCAUCUUCUGUGGGCUUACCAUUCCCAACUGGGUGAACAAGAACCCUGAGAUGCUCCAAACAGGGAUUCUCCAACUGGACCAGGUCAUCCUGGUGCUGCUGACCACGGACAUGUUUGUAGGCGGAUUUCUGGGCUUUCUACUGGACAACACCAUCCCAGGAAGUCCGCAGGAGAGAGGCCUCCUGACAUGGGAUCCAAUCCACGAGGAGUCUGAGGAGACUGCGAAGGUGUCAGAGGUCUACGGCCUCCCCUGUGGGAUUGGCACAAAGUUCUGCACUUCCUCCUAUACCCGGUACCUCCCCUUCUGGCCCAGACCGGAACAUCAUAGGAAAGGCUUCAAGAUUGUAGCAUCAACUCCUGUCUGAGUUUCCAGCCUGAUUAUCUGCCCUACAAAUUUCAGAUUUGCAGUCUCCACAAUUGUGUGAACCAAUUCCUUAAAAUAAAUCUUUAUACCUACACCUAUA